AUGUGUUGCGGAAACGCGAGCUGGAAGCGCGAAGAGGUGCCGGAUCACAAGUUCGACUUCAUCGACGUUCGUGACUUUCGCAACAAUGGCUGCUUUCAGCAGCUCAAAUACGCCUUCCUCUUCAUCAUGGUCGUCAAGUCGUUCGCAGUAUACGUCGCCGACAUCUAUACGGCCGUGACCCUGCUCGCCUUUGGCCACUUUAGCGGUAGCCUGUACGACAAGGUGCAGAACGAUCCUCAGAACAACUUCCGCGUGCCCAUCUCGUACGGCCGCUGGAUCUUUACCGGCUGCAUCAUCUUCUCCUUCCUGCUGCUCGCAUACGAGGCGCACAAGUCGAGGGCCAUCGUCAAGAGCCGCGACAUCAGCUACGCAUACACCAACGUCAUGGCCAACAACUACUACUCGCUACGCAGCUACAACCACUUUUGCUUCUUCGACCACAUCAACGACAGCAAAAAGAAGAAGGACGAGCUGGCCUUCUUCAUCUUCUUCACCUUCAAGGGCUGGAAGCGUCUGCUCGUCGCCGACGGUCCGCGUCAGGUCAUCAACUUCUUCACCCUGUACGGACUCGGCUCGUUUGCCAACUGGAGCACGAAUCCGUACGACUACUACGAAGGCAAUAUCUUCACCGGCCUCAUGAUCCUCUCGAUGCUCUUCACCGUCGCCGUGUUUGCCGGUUCGCUCAUCCUGCUCAUCAUCGCCGCCAUCGCCUACAUCCCGCUGCUCUGCUACAUCAAGGGCAACCUCAAGGAGUACUGCUGCCACAAGGUGGACAAGCGCGUCACCGAGCUCGUACAGCGCAAGAAGAAGCAGCGCCUCGCCAAGGUGGCCGAGAUCGCUCGCAAGGAGGCGGCUGGCGACUUUUCGCAUCUGAUGAACAAGAAGGGCGAGAUGGUAGGCACUGCCAUCCCGCAGCCCACCUUGCCGACCGUCGAUGUGGAUCUGCUCAAUGACGAAAAGCCAGGCAAGACGGGCGGGCUGCAGCGAAAUACCAGCGUCGGAAGCUCGACGGCAGUGCACGGCAAUGGUGGCGGCUACUACGGCAAAGGAGUGCCAGGCUACCAGUCUCCCGCUUUCGGUCCAUCGCACUUCUAUGGCGUCAACGCGCCUUCCACGCACAGUCUCGGAUACGACAAGCCCGAGUAUGCGAGCACCGCCAAUCUGGUCUCCAAUGCGGGACCAGCGGGAGGAGACUAUGGCCGCAUGCCGCACGACAACUUUGAAGCUAUGGCGGAUCGCAUGGGGCCGAUCGGAACGAGCCCGAUGCUGUUCGCUCAGCGCGUCGGCGGUGCGCCCGGCCGUAUCUCACCAGUGCCACCCACGGGUCCCGCAGGCGACUUUUACAACAUGCACGCCACGGGGCAGCGUUCGCUGCUAGAUGUCGGCAAUCGCGCCGUUCCUGGACAGGCGUACGCAUCCGAAGCGGGGCUCGGACGACAAAGCCCAUAUCCGCCAUCCGGACACGAUGGGUACGGCAAUGCAGGCGAAUCGCCGUACAAUGCGCGAGGGCUCGACUAUCCUCCGCCUCCCAACACCCACGGCGUGGACGGUCUCGACUAUCCUCCCCCACCGCCACCCGAUGUGUCUUCCUACGUCCCAUAUGGGGGUCACGGACACGGCGAUAUGCAUGCUCCCGCUGUCGAGGUGUCGGUGGCAUCGUCGAGCACGGCGCACGAGGACAACAACGGCCACCUCGCCGUGGGUCAAGGCACGGAUGGAUUCGGUGGCGAGCUGCAUCCGGAUCGAUACAGCCACCUCAACGGAGGCUCGCGGUCGGGAGCCAACUCGUCUGCGCACAGUCCGAGCACCAGCGUGGGCGGUCUGGACGACGUGUACGACGCCUACCUCAACUCGAACACGCACUCGCCCGCCAUCACGCCCGAGCAGCGCCACAGCUACAUGAUGAGCGACUAUCCGGCAAACGGCUACGGCAACCCGCACCAACCCGAGUAUCAGUACUACGAACCGCAGCAUGGCGAUGGUGGAUCCCCUCAUGGCUACAGCGGCGCUCAACAGGGCUACCAUGGCUAUGCUGAAUCGUGGUCGCAACAAGCAAGCGGGCCUGCGCAAGAGGCGGCGCAGUAUCAUCAGCACGACCCUUACCACCACGGCGCCGGACAAGGCUACCAGCGUUGA